GAACCUAUUGAACAGAAAAAAGUACAGACGAUCAUCCGACAUUGAAAUGUCUUCUCAUCCGACAUUGAAAUGUCUUCUGCCGAUAGAGAAUCUAGGCCGAGACUCUAGGUUAUCGUUACUUGACCUCUCUCGUUCAGAUCUAUUGAGCGGAAUCCACAUCCGCUUCAGACAUUCAAUGACUUUAGCGAAAUAACGAAAUUCAGUUCCAAAUUCAUUUUGUUUGCGGGCAGUCGAAACAUUUAAAAUGGGCAGAAUAAAAUUUGACGGAGUUUUGUUACUGAUGGUCCUUCAAAUAUUCUUGGUGGCUACAACAACUGGAGAUGAAACGUAUGAAUCAGACCAAAAAACUGUCAAACCGUUGCUCGAUAUUAUUAGACAGCUCAGAAAUAAGUUAGAACAAAGUGAAACUAAGGAAAAGCAGAUAAGUGAAUUAAAUUCUGAUCUUAUGGAAAAAUAUCAUGAAAUUGUAAGAAUUCAUGAAACAUUCAUGAAGGAGGCAGCUCUAUUAAAUGAGUAUAAAAACAAAGUAAUCAAAGGGGAAAACCAUUUGCAAUUGUGUCAAAAUAAAGUUGAUAAAUCUGAAUCUGAAAUUAAUUCUAAACAAAAUAUUAUUCUUAAAUUAAAAGAACAACUAACAGAUAAAUCCACCAACUUAAAAAAUUGUCAAGUUCAAUUAAAAUCUCUUGAUUCUACAUUAAUUGAAAAAGGUAAAAAUAUAAAAGCUCUUAAUUCUAGAUUAAUUGAAAAAGAUGAAAAUAUAAAGAGAUUGAGUGAGAAUAUUAAAAGUAACAAAGAACAUCAGAAAACACUUGAGUUGGAAUUAGAGAAGAGUAAAUCUAUAAUAAUAAAGCAUGAAAAUGAUAUUCAGUUAUGUCGUUUAGAAAACAACAAAUUAAAUAGGACAUCAGAGAACAUUAGAGAAGAACAGAAAAAGAUUCAAUUGAAAUUAAAAGAAUGUGAAACUAAGCUUAGUCAAUCUGAAUUAAUUCCCACAACAUGCAUCCCUUUCGGAGAAUAUCCGGGAGUUCAUCAACUCAAUGUCUCUGGCAUAGGUUUAUUCAAAGUUUUAUGCGAUAGUCAGUUAGCUGGUCCUGGAUGGAUUGUAAUACAACAACGAGUUGGAGGAAAAGAGAGUUUCAAGAGGGAUUGGGCAACGUAUCGCAAAGGUUUCGGUUCUUUUGGAAGUGAUUUCUUUCUUGGAUUAGAGAAAAUCCAUCGUAUCACGAGCUUGCAGCGUUUCGAACUUUACAUACAUUUGGUUGAUGAGAAUGGAAGUACGUUCAACGCUCGUUAUGACGACUUUAAAAUAUCUGAUGAAGAUAAUGGAUAUGCACUGAGUUUGGGUAAAUUCAAUGGAACUAUUGAGGAUAGCAUGAGAUACAAUGAAAACAUGAAUUUCUCAACAUUCGAUCACAACAACGACAAAGAUGAUAAUGUUAAUUGCGCAGUCUGGUUUAAAAGUGGCUGGUGGUACAAAGCUUGUUCUGAUUGUUAUUUAAAUGCACCAUAUGGGCCAAAACUACAUUGGUGGAACGGUCAUAAGCACAUUUUACUUAAAGAAGUUAAGAUGCUAAUUCGCCCCAAAGAAGCGAUGAAGAAAUGAUAAACUGAAAAGCUGAAAUUCCCAUAUUUGACUCAAUUAUGUAAUCAUUUAUAUAUAAUUGGUGCAUAAAGAAAUUACGUUCUGAAUUUAAUUUACGUUUUGAUGUAGCAAAUUUCAAUAGAGGUACAAAUACUUAAAAGUCAGUAAACUUAUGAUUAUCCUGUAUAUAUCCUUUCAGUCGAACCUUGAAUAUUAAUGUAAUUUAAGAAAUAAUCUUCACAUAUUCGUUUCUUAUCUAAACAUAAAUGAUGCAG